AUGUCCAGCAAAACAGCAAUCUUAACCAACAAGGCACCAAAGCCUCUUCCGGGCAUCUACAGUCAAGCCAUUGUCGCCAAUGGUUUUGUCUACUGCUCAGGAGCUAUUGCUGGAGACACAACAGGCAAGAUAAUCGAUGGAGAUAUCCAAGCCCACACUAACCUCACCGCCGUGCUUGAGGAAGCGGGAACGACCAUUGACAAAGUCAUCAAGGUAAACGUGUUCUUGGCCAGUAUGGAUGACUUUGCAAAGAUGAAUGAGGUGUACAAGACUUAUUGGGGCGAUGUGAAGCCUAGCAGGACAUGUGUCGCUGUCAAGACUUUACCUUUGGGUACAGAUGUCGAGAUCGAGUGUGUUGCAGUCCUGUAA